GGAUUAAAAUAAGUAGGCGGCUCGGUGCUAAGGGAUGAGUGAGUCUGAGCUCGGUCUCUCCCCAGCACGUUCUCAGCCUUUGCCGGUUCAGACCCAACCCGGGAGCCGGGAGCCGCGAGCCGCGAGCGGGACUCACCAUCCCCGGCGGCCGGAACUCCGCGGCCGCUGAGCGCUUCCCGCGCGUCGGGCGCUCCGAGUCCCCGCAGCCGGAGAGGGGCCAGGACUCCGAGCUCGGGGGUGCCUGUGGAAUCCAGUGCCUCUGGCUUCCCGGGUCCCCCGCAGCGGGAGCCGCAGAGACGCGCUGAGCCCGGGACCGCCGCGGACCAAGACAGACCUGAGUGUCUGGGAAAGACAGAGAUACAGGCCUCUCUGCAGAGCACAGCCCUGUCCGUGGAGACUGGAGACCCUGACCCAAGAGGCCAGGAGAUGCCAGCCUGUUGGUCACUUCCGCAUGACUUCCCUCUGGCCUUGCAGCUGGACGGUGGCUGGAGCCCAGCAGUGGUGCCGGGCCUCCAUGCUCUUUCUUGCCCUCGGGCAUACCCACCUGUCCAGGGCUCACCACACACACAAACACCCCCCAAGAAACUCCAAAGCCCCUGCCCCCCUUUUUAUGGGGUAGGGAGGGCGCCUAAGUCCCCUUGUGUGCAACUGCAGAUGUUUGACUGAGUUCAUGAAGAUGGGUGUCAGUGUGCUCCCUGAAAGGAAGGUGACCCCCAAGGGCAUCAGUCCACAAACAGCUUCAGAGAGGGGGUUGUCAACAGGGCUCAUUCACAGUGAGUCCGAAAAGCAAAUCUGUGGUCAACGUUGAGAGUUUUGAGGAGAAAGAGCAGAUGGCUUCUGGAGGCCAAACUGAAGACCCAGAUUGAGAACCCACAGACACGACCACAAUGGGCAGCAAAACCUUGCCCGCACCAGUGCCCAUCCACCCCUCCCUGCAGCUCACCAACUACUCCUUUCUCCAGGCGGUAAACGGCCUGCCCACGGUGCCCUCGGACCACCUGCCCAACCUGUACGGCUUCAGCGCGCUGCACGCCGUGCACCUGCACCAGUGGACGCUGGGCUACCCGGCCAUGCACUUGCCGCGCUCCUCUUUUUCCAAAGUGCCAGGAGCCGUGUCCAACCUGGUGGAUGCACGCUUCCAGCUGCCAGCCUUUCCCUGGUUCCCCCACGUCAUCCAGCCCAAGCCAGAGAUCACCGCUGGAGGCGGCGGCCCCGUGGCGCUCAAGACCAAGCCCCGCUUUGAUUUUGCCAACCUGGCCUUGGCCGCCACGCAAGAAGAUCCAUCCAAGCUUGGCCGUGGGGAGGGUCCUGGCUCCCCUGCUGGUGGGCUGGGCGCCCUCCUGGAUGUGACCAAGCUGUCCCCAGAAAAGAAACCCACGAGAGGACGCCUGCCCUCCAAGACCAAGAAGGAGUUUGUCUGCAAGUUCUGUGGCCGCCACUUCACCAAGUCCUACAACCUCCUUAUCCACGAGCGGACGCACACGGACGAGCGGCCCUACACCUGUGACAUCUGCCACAAAGCCUUCCGGAGGCAAGACCACCUCAGAGACCACAGAUAUAUUCACUCCAAAGAAAAGCCUUUCAAGUGUCAAGAGUGCGGGAAGGGCUUCUGCCAGUCCAGGACUCUCGCUGUCCACAAGACGCUGCACUCACAGGUGAAGGAGCUCAAAACCUCCAAGAUCAAAUGCUAAACAGAGCCUCCUGCUCACCAGGGUCCUGGGGCCCGCCGCUGCCGCCGCCUCCAGAGGGACCAGAAGCCAGAAGGCGACUCUAGCGGACCUUCCCGGACCACGUCCCUUGGGUCCCGGCCGCUUGCAGAACUACGGAGCCCCGCCCGGGGGCCAUGACCGGCAGCCAGGGCGGCUCCCCCAGGACGCGGCUAAACUCUUGGCCAAAAAGGCGGUACUCACGUGGCGGAAGGGAAACUCCAUUUAAAAAAAUAUAUAAGAAGAACGAAAGCUCCGCGGAGCCGCAGCGGCGCCUCUCCCAGAAGUAUUACUUUUUCUAUUGUUAUUUUAUACGUUUUCUUUAUUAUUUUUUUUUCU